AUGGCGAUUCCUUUCGAAGCUGCCUACGAGUUUCGUCACAGCAUAAACACUUCUACAGAAGACCAACGGGGAGACUUUUUCCACAACAUAUCCAGUCCUGACCAGCUCCUCCCGGAAGAACUGACCUUCAACACCCAGUCGCUGGUGCAGGUCAUCGUCUACACUGUGCUUUUCGUCGCGGCCGCAGCCGGCAACGUGCCGGUCUUCGUGAGCUUGUUGAGCAAGAGGCACCGAAAGUCCAGGAUCACGCUGAUGAUCCUGAACCUCGCCGUCGCAGAUCUCAUCGUCACUUUCGUCAUGAUUCCGCUCGAGGUCGGCUGGAGACUGACUGUGCAGUGGAGGGCGGGAAACGCCAUGUGUAAGUUGAUGCAGGUGCUCAGGGCAUUUGGACCCUACCUCUCGUCCAUGGUCCUAGUUUGCAUCAGCCUGGAUCGCUACUUCGCCGUACUGCAUCCUCUCAAGGUGAACGACGCGCAACGGCGUGGGAAGAUAAUGCUUUCCUGGGCUUGGAUUAUCAGUCUCCUCUGUAGCGUGCCACAGUUCAAUUUCAACAUCCGUAUCAAAGGUAUCUUCGUCUACAGGGCGACUUUCCAAAGGUUGACCAAUUCCGUACAUUUACUCAGCAAAGCCGAGUUUGUUUGA